AGUGCAUUUCGAGUGUUCAACCUGAACAGUAGGGAGUAUCGUAGAAGAACAGAAAGAGUUUUGCUUUCACCCUUCUCCCACAGUGACAUUCAUCCUUGACGGUCACGGUGUACUUCCGUUUUGAGCUGUGCAGGAGCUGCCGUCGCUGGAGGACUGACGUUACAUGCCUCUUUGUGCUCCGAGGCGUGGCUUUUCUUUUUCUCUCUCCUGCGACGCGGCUCUUCGCAUGCACAGCACGUGCACCAACGCAUCUAGUUCUCUACCCGGACUCUGUGUGUGCCGCACUCAUUACCCCCAAACCGCAAAGGAACCAUCCUGCCCUCUCACGGCAGCUCGCCUCAUUGUUGUGGCUCUUUCUGUGCUUUUGCAUGUUCUUUCUUUUCUCGCCCCGCGUGCGCGUCUACCUUCGCGGUUCCCAAAGCAGGCUUCGUUGAGUAUCGUCCUCCGUUAGGUGCACGCUACGCAUCAAAGGCUGGCAGUAGCACCAACGGUGUGCCGGGAAGUCAUUGGAUUUUCAUUUAAGCUAUUUAGUUGCCAAACGAAUUCGUAUAUAUAAUACUCCUACUCUGAGGCGUUAUUUUAAGUUAACGUGCCUCGCUGAACCACACGUAGCAACGGCGAGGUACAUUUUAUUCUUCGUAGGUUACUGGGCGAUUGGUGAGGCUUUGCAUUUCCGGUGUUGUAACGGGGAAAGAAAAACUGUUUUUCUCUCUCCAGUUUUAAUAUAAGUAUAGUGAUCUUCGAUAAUGUCGUUCAUGUCUAGCUGUGUCGCCGUGUGCGCACCGCUCACGGCCGUUGCGUCCAUCCUCCUCUUCAUGAUGGCGCACAUGCUGCGCAGCGGCAACUGGACGUUCGAGGUGCUCGCCGUGAAGCACAGGUGGGAGAAGGAGGAGAAGGCACGUGUGUGUCGGCGCGGCGGUCUUAUUUAUCUCUUCACCUCUCUCGCGUUGUGGGCGUUGAUGCUCCUCCACGCUCCACUGCUGCGCUUAUGGAUGCUGAUGCCGUGGAGUCGAGACGAGCGGUGUGUAGGCGAGCCCCAUACCCGGCAGGGUUUGCUGGCGCCGGAGGCAAGUAGCGGUCAUAUGAAUAUCUUGCGUAACGGUGGCGGUGGUGGUGGCCGCGGCGCGGCACUGCGAUCGCAGGUCCGUUGUGGACCCCUGGGCGAGGAGGCGACGGAGAUGUCUGCGCUCGACUGGGGAGAAGAAGGGAUGGGUCCGUCGAGACACAUCAAGAAGAGCGGGCUGGCGGUCAACGGCAGCAGUCCACUGACGGGUGACGACCCGGCGAUCUUCAAGAGCACCAACGGCGUUGAUAUUGCCGUCGCCACUGCAGCGUCCCCUCGUAAUGGUCGCCGCUUUCCCAACUUUUCGCGUAGUCUGACGGAAGCCAGCGAUGGCACUCCGACCCACCCGCGCGACACGGCGUCCAUCACGGCGGCCGGUGUCUCGACUGCGUGGGGCCGUGCACGCGGUCUGCACAGUCGCGCUCUGCAGGACGUCGCUGCGGAGCCGCAAGGGACGGUCACGAUCCAUCCCGACAUCGUCCCUCCUGGGUCAGCCGUUCCUCCGUUACGCCCCUCAAAACGGCAGCAACAGCAAAGCGCGCAGGUUGAUUGGUGGAGCCGCAGCGGCGAGCCGGACAGCGUCGACGAUUCUGAUUUUCUGUCCGACGUGGAGCUCGAGGGUGCUCGUCACCGCGGCCUGCGUCAGAUUCGGGCGUCGGGCUGGGGGAUGCAACGUGCUGUCGCCACCACCCGCCACCGCGGUCGUGUCACCGACGAGGGUGGGCCUCUCCAGUUGGAGGCGAAUAGCAGCGGCAGACACGGUGGUGGUGCAUCACCCUCAGCCCCAACUGCGGCGGCGGCGGGAGGCGAGACUCAAGCAUCGAUGAUCACCACGCUGUGGCCGACAGCUCCGAUAAGCGCUUCACGCUCCAGCUCGUCCGCGUCGAGUCCGCUUCGUAGCCGACAACGCGGGUCUGCAAGUGCGGGGCCGCCGCCUGCGACGCUGCGUCCCAAGAGCAAGCUCAUUUGA